AUGGCUCAAAUUCAAAGACGGGAUGAAUUGAUGGAUGAGGUAAAAUUGUUACAUCUAAUCUACCAUCGUAACAAAAACCAACAUAGAAAUCAACAUUGGUGGAGAUACUUCCAAAUCCUCUUGAGUAAUCUCAAAAACUUGAUGGUAGGAUCGAUUACGGUGGAUAAGAUAAUGAGAAAGAAGAUCAUUGAUAAAUGUUAUAGAGAAUUCCACGGGAUUAUUGCAUUGGGACAAUUCAUUAACCUAGGAUUUGUGCUAGUGGGGUGCAUAAGUAGAAUAGGGGUUAUAUUGACCGAGGAAUACGAAAGAACUAGACCAAAGAUACAUAAUACUGAAGUUAAGAUACGAGGGACUGAGAUAGGUGAUGAGGAUAUGGGUGAAGUUAUCGACAUGGAUGUAGAGGUACCUGAGACUACAGCAACGAUAGCACCAUCGCCAUCAUCUGCUUCAUCAUCAUCACCAUCUGUAUCAUCAUCACCAUCUGUAUCGUCUACAUCAUCUACAGCAUCAAAAUCAAAAUCCAAGAUAAAGAAAUCGAAGAUCAAUGACAUAUUCAAGAAGAAAAAGAAGAAAUCAUCUAUAGAUAAGUUAUUCGGGUAA